AUGGCCCGGCCAAGUCGGAUCAUCUUCGAACUCUACCGAGAUCUAGAUAAGAAAGAAGUUCAAACAAAAAAGAAUAAAUAUCAACAAUUUGGAAUUACUGUUGCUGGAGGAAAUGGAAAAGGGCAGGAACUAAAUCAACUCUCUGGUCCUUGGGGGAUAUGCAUUGAUAAUGAUAAAUCAAUUUAUAUUGCUGAUUAUGAGAAUCAUCGUGUUGUUAAGUGGAAAGUGAAUUCAAAUACUGGUCAAAUCAUUGCAGGUGGAAAUGGAAAAGGAAAUCAAAAUAAUCAAUUAAAUUGUCCAACAAAUAUAAUUUUUGAUAAAGAAAAUAAUUCUUUUAUUAUUUCUGAUUGGGUGAACCAACGAGUAAUUCGAUAUUUUGAUCAAAAUAAAAUAAAUCCACAAAUUAUUAUUUCAAAGAUUAAUUGUAAUGGUCUGACAAUCGAUAAAAAUGGAUUUAUUUAUGUUUCUGAUCGAGCGAAUAAUGAGGUAAGACGAUGGAAACAAGGAGCUACAAAAGGUGAAUUAGUUGCAGGUGGGAAUGGUCAAGCAAAUGAUCUUAAUCAAUUCCAUCAACCUACUUAUAUCUUUCUUGAUGAAGAUUAUUCUCUUUAUAUAUCAGAUAAAGAGAAUCAUCGUGUAAUGAAAUGGAAAAAAGAUGCAAAAGAAGGAAUUAUUGUUGCUGGUGGAAAUGGUGAAGGAAAUAGUCUCAGACAAUUAUAUUAUCCUGAUGGAGUGAUUGUUGAUCAUUUGGGUCAAAUCUAUGUGGCAGAUUGUUUUAAUCAUCGAGUAAUGCGUUGGUGUGAAGGAGAUGAAGAAGGUGAAGUUGUUGUUGGUCGAAAUGGCAAAGGAAAUCAAUCAAAUCAAUUGGAUUGUCCCAUGGGUUUAUCAUUUGAUAAUGAAGAAAAUCUUUAUGUUGCUGAUUCUUUCAAUCAUCGAAUCCAAAAAUAUGACAAACUCUAA